AUGGCCAAGCCCCGUCCCUGUGUGGUGCCGUGCUGCCAGGGCGAACGGUUCGAGUUGGUGCAUAAGUUUCCCUCCGACCGGGAUCGGGCUGAACUAUGGAAAACCAUACUUGCGGUUCCGGAAUUGCGCGAUCUUGAUACGGAUAUCAUUAGGGGCAAAUAUUUCGUCUGUACACGACACUUUCGAGAUUCGGACUACAAAAAUAAGCUCUCACGAAGCUUGAACAUAACGGCAAAUCCAUCGUUGAAUCUGUACAACCUAUGCGACGCUGAAGGCUUGAAUCGUGUGGUUCCUCCUUUGGUGCGACCGUUGCCUCUUUCUCAGGUAUCGAAGGAUGAUAAUGUUGUAACGAGUACAAUUGAGCUUCAGGUUCAACCGUUGGCGACCGAGUUUAUUCAGCCCAAUACGGAAGUUCAGAUGCUGACAGAUGAGAAAAGUUUGCCAUCCGUUUGCGACCCACUGAAAGAUACUGAGCACAUAUUUAAACAUUCGAGUUUGGUCAAGAAACAGCAGGUAGAUAUUUUACAUGUUCCAUCAGUUGCACAAAUAUCCGGACAGAAACGAACGAUUGAAUUAAGGACUUUGUCAGGCAGCACGCCCGCCAAAAUUUUCAAAUUCAAGCGUAAUUCCGAUAUGUUGGUAAAGCUUGAAAAACCUGCUGAACCGGUUCCUAAUUCCGAUGGAAUUGUUCUGAGAAAAGUUAAAUUGGUCUCACCGAAAAAAGAAGGAAGCAAUCCAGCUACUGUCGAAAGGAAAGUUUUAACCGUAUCAUCAGAAACUCAAACUGACACUGAAGAUCUGCAACAAAAUGAAUCAAAUCAGCUAGUUGAAUCGGUUGAAACUAUUACAAAUGAGGCUACGGAACCUAAAAAUACAACCAAAGUACUAGCUCUACUGGAAUGUACCCCAGAUAAUCUGCUAAAGCUGCAGCGAAAGCUGAAAGAACAGAGUGAUGGAAUUUUACCAUUCGACGAGAAUCUAUUUCAGGAUUUAGCCAGUGAUCAGAAUGAAGAGGCAGAAAACGGAGCGAUGCCGGGCUCAGACGAACGGUUCUUUUUAACGCUGCAAAAUCCCGAACUCGAUCGACCGAUCCGGGUGAGCUAUAUCUGGUUGAGAGAUCACUGCCGAUGCGACGAAUGCUACAAUCACGUAACGUUUCAACGAUCCCUGUCAAUUCUCGACAUUUCGGAGAAUGUGUCCCCGCAGAGCUUCGAGAUUAGCGAGCAGAAGUUGAAUGUAAUAUGGGAAGACGGCCACGCAUCCAGCUACGAUUUGAGCUUCAUUUUCCAGUCCCAGUUUGAAGCGUACCGAGAAUCGCUACUACAGGAACAUGCCCAACCGGUUCUGUGGGACCGUGAUCUCAUCACUUUGUGUCCUGAGUACUGCCGAGUGUCGUUGAGUGAGUUAAUUUGCGAAGAUGCUGCCGUCAUUAAGGUAGUCAAGAGUCUGAUUGCGUAUGGAGUGGCCUUCAUCGAGAAGGUUCCGACCAAUCAGCAGAGUACCGAAAUGGCUAUUAAACGAAUUUUCCCGGUGCACAAAACAUUGUUCGGUGAGAUGUGGACUUUUAGCGAUCAGAUGGAUCACGGUGAUACUGCCUAUACGAAGGAUUACCUGGGACCGCACACGGAUACUACCUAUUUCAGUGAUGCUUGUGGGUUACAGGUCCUUCACUGCAUCCAAUUCAAAGGUUCUGGCGGGGAAACGAUGCUCAUUGAUGGUUUCAAAGCAGCCGAACAGCUGAAAAUUAGAGAUAACAAAGCUUUCGAACGUCUCUGCGCUUAUCCAGUGACGGCGGAGUACAUGGAGGAAGGUAAACAUCAUACCUACUGCGCACCGGUUAUUAAGCGUAACAUUACUACCGGGGAAGUGGAACAAUUGCGCUUCAACACGUAUGAUCGAGCCGUCAUGAAUACCAUCCCGCAGACCGAUAUUCCCCAGUUCUACGCGGACUACAAGCGACUGGCAACUGAGAUACAUGCCGACAGUAUGGCGUGGCAAUUCAAGCUGACUCCGGGAACGGUAAUGAUAUUCGACAACUGGCGGGUGCUGCAUGGCCGGAUGGCAUAUAGUGGGAAACGUGUGAUGACCGGUUGCUACGUUUCUAGGACCGAAUACCAGAGCGUCGCCAGAACGCUUGGUCUUAUCUCGUGAUUCUGGGUGAGUAUGAGCAUGAUUUAGUGACUGGUUUAUUGAAAUCGAGACAUGACCGUCAAUUGACUUAGAAAUUUUAAA